UAAACCUGGAGUAUUGGGGUCCCUGGAGCUCUGGAGAAGGGAUGCGGACAGACAACCGUGGAGACCCGGGGGUCCUGGAUGCUGCGACACUGAGGCAGCAGAGGAGGCUCAAACAGGCAAUCCAGUUCCUCCACAGGGACUCGGCUGAUCUGCUGCCUCUGGAUGGAUUGAAGAAGCUCGGGACAUCUAAACAGGGGCAGCCACACCAUAUUCUACAGAAGCGGCUGCUGGAAGCCAAGCGACCCCGGGGCCGGAUGAACAUGUGUGGAGUAACCCCGACCAGUGGAGGGCUCCUUCUGAGUGGUAGUUGCUUCAGUUCACAUGAGGAUGAGGACAAAGAGGAUGAAGACUUGAUCUAUGUACCUUGCAAGUGUUUAGGACAGGAAAUGAAUGUGCUGAUUGACACAGGCUGUAGACUGAACCUGAUGUCCUCACUGACUAUGGAGAGAUUAAGUUUGCAAGAACUGGUUGAGGAGAACAAACUGGAGACAGAUGGUUUCCCAUUUCAGCGUAAGCUCUGUGUCGGUGGUUACAUCAAGCAGCUCAUUCUAACCAUUGGACAACUCCGAGUAGUUUGCUCAUUUACUAUACUGGAAAAUAACAGACCGUUGAUGUCCCUGGGCACCAAGACACUAAAAUCACUCAAGUGUGUAAUUGAUACUGAAAAGCAGAUGUUGGUGUUUGGGACAAGCGUGAAGGAGCAAAUCCAGUUUGUCAAAAAGCCAUUAAAUGAAAGUUCCUCUAACCUCAGAGACCUGGGAUACUGACAUUCCCACCAACACAUGCUGUGACCAAAAGCAAUAGAGAUAUUUACUCUUACAACUACAUGCCUCACUGGGGAACUUCUGAUUUCUCACCUCAAAUUCUUUACCCAUUUAUUUGCUGCACUCACGAGUCAGAAAAUGCACAAUGACUCCAUAUUUUGACAUAAAGGGAGUGGUUUAGAGCAGCUGCUCCCACAGACAAUUCUUCCUGUAGCACUGGCAAUGAGUAGCCUAGAGUAUGAGCUUGUAUUAGCGGCCAUCACAGUAGUAAGUAUUGUACACUUUAAGAUUCUGAUAGAAUUGCAAUUUCAAUCUUGGAUGUUGCACAAAUUAGUAUGUGUUCUACAUUUAUAGAUGAAAUCAACCUUGGAGAGCAAACGUUGAAUUGUAGUUGACGCAGACCAGCUGUUUAUCUACUGCAUUUUAUAAUGUAAUGCGUUUUCUAGUCUGAGACACGUACUUGCAUUGAGGUCACUGCCUUUUAAUAUUCACAAAAAUGAUAGUGACAUUUGUGAUGUUUUAUCGUGCGAAGUAGCCCCAUAUCAAAUAAACUGAUG